GUGGUUUGCGCGGCGCCGAAACAUUUAUUCCGCGUCGCCUCGAGGCACGCGGCACGGCACCGAGACAUCCUCCGGAGAUGCACCUCAUCAAUCACUGCUGCCCCUACCCAGGCUCACCGUCUCCUCUCCUGGCGCAUUCAUUAAUCCCCCGUCCUCCCUAAUCUAAUGACAACCGCCUAGCUUGCCCGCUCCGGCGCUCCCCUUCAUAUAUGCCACCAACUCGCUCUGCCAGUACACUCCACUGGACCUCAAGCAAGCGACCCGACCACAGGCGCUUGCUAGCCAUGGCGACCCUCGCCGCGCUGCUCCUCCUUGUCGCCGCUUCCAAUGCCGCCGCGCUGAGCGCCAAGGCCGUGGAGUACCACAGCUUCGUAGCCACCCCGCUCUCGCCCCACGCGUACACCGCUGCUCCGUCCGCCGACGCGGACGAGGAUCUCUUCGGCGGCAGCCUUGCCGUCGCAGACGAGGGCGCCGCAGCCGCGUCGGCCGUGCACUUCCGCGUGGUCCACCGUGACGCCUUCGCGGCGAACGCCACCGCGGCCGAGCUGCUCAGGCACCGCCUGCAGCGGGACAAGCGUAGGGCGGCGCGGAUCUCGAAGGCGGCGGCCGGCGGUGGCGCCGGCGCGGCGAACGGCACAAGGAGCCGCGGCGGGGCCGUGGCCGCGCCAGUGGUUUCGGGGCUCGCGCAGGGGAGCGGGGAGUACUUCACCAAGAUCGGCGUGGGCACGCCGUCAACGCCGGCGCUCAUGGUGCUGGACACCGGCAGCGACGUGGUGUGGCUGCAGUGCGCGCCGUGCCGGCGGUGCUACGACCAGUCGGGUCCGGUGUUCGACCCGCGGCGCUCCAGCUCGUACGGCGCCGUCGACUGCGCCGCGCCGCUGUGCCGCAGGCUGGACUCGGGCGGCUGCGAUCUCCGCCGCAGGGCGUGCCUGUACCAGGUGGCCUACGGCGACGGCUCCGUGACGGCGGGCGACUUCGCCACCGAGACGCUCACCUUCGCGGGCGGCGCACGCGUGGCGCGCGUCGCGCUCGGGUGCGGCCACGACAACGAAGGCCUGUUCGUGGCCGCGGCCGGGCUGCUGGGCCUGGGACGCGGCAGCCUGUCGUUCCCGACCCAGAUCUCCCGCCGCUACGGCAAGAGCUUCUCCUACUGCCUCGUCGACCGCACCUCCUCGUCGUCGUCCGGCGCCGCGUCGCGCUCCCGGUCCUCCACCGUCACCUUCGGCCCGCCCUCCGCGUCGGCGGCGUCCUUCACCCCGAUGGUCCGCAACCCGCGCAUGGAGACGUUCUACUACGUGCAGCUCGUGGGCAUCAGCGUGGGCGGCGCGCGCGUCCCGGGCGUGGCCGAGUCCGACCUCCGCCUGGACCCGUCCACUGGCCGCGGCGGCGUCAUCGUGGACUCGGGCACCUCCGUGACCCGGCUCGCCCGCCCGUCCUACUCGGCGCUCCGCGACGCGUUCCGCGCCGCGGCGGCGGGGCUCCGCCUCUCCCCCGGCGGGUUCUCCCUGUUCGACACGUGCUACGACCUGGGCGGGCGCAAGGUGGUGAAGGUGCCCACCGUGUCGAUGCACUUCGCGGGCGGCGCCGAGGCGGCGCUGCCACCGGAGAACUACCUCAUCCCUGUGGACUCCAGGGGCACCUUCUGCUUCGCGUUCGCUGGCACCGACGGCGGGGUGUCCAUCAUCGGCAACAUCCAGCAGCAGGGGUUCCGCGUGGUGUUCGACGGCGACGGCCAGCGCGUCGGGUUCGCGCCCAAGGGCUGCUGACUGCUGCGCACCACCCUGCCUGAACCGCUGUCGGAGAGAGAGGGAGGGAGCAGCGCGGUUAAUUAAUUAGCGAGUGAUUAGCGGGUAAAAAAGUGAGCCAGCCGCCUUGUUAGUCAUAAUUAAUGGAGGCGGUGACUGGUGGGUUAGCUUUGCUUGGUGGGCGGCCUUGGAUGCUGUAAAGAAAAGGGCAGUCUCUGGGCAGUGGCUCAGAGUUUGUCUUUGUGACAGUAGCUUUGAUGCGCGAGGAGGAUAUCAGGAUGGUCGAUGAAGGCUGUAAAAGGCGCUGUCAAAGUGUUUGGCUUAAGUAAAAAAAAGUGGUGCUAAAUGUAAUGUACUGGUUGGUGGCUGCUGUUAAAGUGCUGAGUUA